UUGCAGAUAUUGGAGUCAAAGUUGUCUUGAAGUUUACAGGCAGCUUUGUUUGGGAUUAGGCAUAGGCUUGAGCCUAUGGUAGGCCUGUAUUAGUUCCUCAUUACUUUGACUGCUACCCCAAAGAAGGGUACCCCUCUUUCUUGUGACCAUGUCUUCCACUCCACCAUCCAUGAAAGGGAGUCGGAUUGAAGAAUCCCUAGGAGAAUCAUGGGUGGAUCUAGCCCUGCAACAGAAUGCACAGAGCCCUGGGAGAGUUACACCAAUGUCAGCCAUAGCCAGUGAAGAGUACUUGCGCCUUUUGAGGGAAGCUCAGAGAGAAAGCAACCAGUCAUCUGCUCGUGUGUCUGUUGCUUCAUCUGCCCGUCACUCACCACGAGAAUCCCCCAAAUCUCCACCCAAUAGUCCAAACACAGAAUUCUCAGUGGAAACUGAAGAACUGAAGAGUCUUUAUAUCAAUGACCAUGAGAAGGAGUUGAAGAAUGCUGACUGGGUUUGGGAUUGGAGUAGUCGACCUGAUUUAUGUCCACCAAAGGAAUGGAAGUUUAAACAUCCAGACAAGAAGACAUAUAGUAUUCGGAAUGCUAGGGUGGGGAAGCAGCGCCUAUUCUCAAAGGAGGUGCUUUACACCCUUGUUAUCACCAAUAUCAUGUCUCUCAUCAUUGGGACUGGGAUUGGUCUGUGGUUGAGCCGGCGAGGAUACCAAGUGGCAGCUUUAGCCCUUGAUUGAUACAGGGAAACAAGAGCAAAAAAGGGAAAAUGUUCUUUUUGUGCUUUUGCCACUUUCACAAGCUCUUCUCACCUAUGCUAUCUGUUCUAGCAGAUUUGUGUCCUUAGCUUAGGGAUUCUGGGUACUUUGCAAGCAUGAAUGGUUGAACAUAUUUCAUGGUUUACAUAUGAGAAUGUGGAUGUUCCUGUUGUCUUGCCCCCCUUUUUUUUUUGCACUGUGAAAUGGGGACAAGUUCCUACCAUAAACCUGAGAGGCAAUCUUGGAGGAGCAACUAGUCUCCCAGAUUGAUGGACUGGAUCUGUCCUGUAUGUUCCCUGUUCCUGGAAUCAGAGGUAUUGCUAAGGGAUUCUCAGACAGAGGAUCAGCUGUGAUGAUUUGUGAUGUAUGCUUCAUCUCAUCUUGUCCCUCUUUUCUUUCUAACCAGUGACUUCUUUUUGAAUUCGUGCAGUUUGUAUGAUGUUGAGGAUUUUGUGACGUAACUUUUCAGUGUGGAUUCAGCCAUGUUAUGAUUGGCACGUUUCACAUGCUAUUGAAAUACAUUCAUCCAGGAG